CUUUGUUUGGGGGGCACAACUUGUUUGUUCGGACUUCGGAGCUAUAAUAAGCCAACAGCCACCAGCCACCAGCCAGCCUUAGGACGAAUGUUAGAAGUUAUAAAUUUUGUACGGUUAUAUAUAAUGCAAUUACUUGUAUGAGAAACAUAUAAUCUCAUGAUUUACAGGCAUCCGGAUUACUGAGAACCACCUAAAUAUAAUGGAUGGCUUUGCUAAGGUCGAGGGCAGAACAAGAAACAUCACAGGAACAGAUCGUACUGUCUCUGCUCAAGCAUCCCCAAUCAUCACUCACAUCACUGAACUGCCUCAAAUCCGUCCAGGUCCUCCUCCUCCGAACGGGCCUUCACCAGAGCAGCUUCGCCGUCGGCAACUUCGCCGCCCGGUGCGCCACGCUGGCGUGCAUGGGCUACGCAGCCCGACUGUUCGACCAAAUGCUCGAACCAAACUCUUUCGUCUGGAACACCAUGAUCAGAGGGUUUCAGCAAAACCAAGACCCCAGAAACGCCCUCUUGUACUUUGACCGCAUGAGGGUCCGGAGCAUUCGACCCGAUCGGUUCACGUUUCCCUUCGUGGUACGGGCUUGUGCCGACUUGAAGGAUCUGUGUACAGGCGUGUGUGUUCAUGGGCAGAUGUUCAAAGCUGGGGUUGAGUUGGAUGUUAUCGUUGGUACAAGUUUGAUUGGUUUUUACAGUGGUUUUCGUGAUAUGAAGGUUGCACAGGAUGUGUUUGAUGAAUUGCCCAUCAAAGACACGGUUGCUUGGACCGCCAUUUUGUCGGGCUAUGUCAACCAAUGUGAUGGCAUGGAAAGGGCACGGGAACUGUUUGAUAAAAUGCCAGCGAGGGACCUUGUGUCCUGGAAUACAAUGAUAAAUGGGUAUGUGAAAAUUGGAGAAAUUGGGAUUGCUAAGAAUUUAUUUGAUCAAGCGCCGGUGAGGGAUAUGUUAAUGUACAAUACUAUUUUAGGUGGGUAUGCAAGGCAUGGUGAACCGGAAGUUAUGUUGCAAUUUUUCCACAACAUGGCAGAGAGAGAUUUGGUGUCCUGGAACUCGGUUAUUGGAGGACUUGUGCGUGGUAACCAGAUUAAUGAAGCUAUGAGGCAUUUCCACUGGAUGCAAAUGGAGAAAGUGAACCCUAAUGAAGUCACGCUGAAGAUUCUGGAAAGAGAUGCUGUAGCUUGGAAUGCAAUAAUCAUGGGAUUUUCAAUGAAUGGGGAAAGCAGAAAGGCCCUGAGCUUUUUCCAACGUAUGAAAAACGAAGGUGUGAGGCCUAAUGAUGUAACUAUUCUUGGUGUUCUUUGCGCUUGUGUGCACUCGGGAUUGGUAGACGAAGGGCGUCAGUUCUUCAAUCAUAUGUCCAAAGAGCUCGGUUUGGUGCCUAAGUUAGAGCAUUAUGGAUGUAUGGUUGAUCUCCUUGGUCGAGCUGGUUUGUUGAACGAAGCUUAUCAAGUGAUCAAAGCUAUGCCUAUUGAGCCACACAGUGGGGUCUGGGGUGCCUUGCUCAGUGCAUGUAAAAUUCAUGGAAAUGUUGAUCUUGCAGAGAUUGCAAUUCAACACUUGAUCCAGCUAGACCUUGAGGAUGGAGGAUAUUUGGCAAUAAUGUCCAACAUAUAUGCCAAUGCGGGAAGGUGGAAUGAUGUUGCCAAGGUGCGGGAAAUGAUGACAGAGAAACGUGUUUGUAAAUUGCGGGGCUGUAGUUCGAUAGAGAUCAACGGUGAGAUACAUGAAUUUGGAGUGGAGGAGAAGAUUCAUCCUCGAGCUAAAGAAAUCUGUGAGAUGAUAAACGAGAUCUCAAGGCGUUUAAGUAUAGCAGGACACGUUGCCAGUACAAGUGAGGUAUUCUUUGAUGUGGACGAGGAGGAAAAAGAGAAGGCAUUGCAUUUUCACAGCGAAAAGAUGGCCGUUGCCUUCGGGCUUAUUGCCACCGGUGAGGGCACUGUUAUUCGGGUGGUAAAGAACUUGCGAAUUUGUGCAGAUUGUCAUGCUGCCAUAAAGUUGAUUUCCAGGAUCUAUCAAAGAGAGAUAAUUGUUAGGGAUCGCAGCCGGUUCCACCACUUCAAGAAAGGCUCUUGUUCUUGCGGAGAUUACUGGUGAUCAAACAAAUUUUAUGCUGCAACGGGGGAACUUGAGAGAUAGCAAUAGAGGAACUUUAUGUCAAUGCGUUUCAGUAGUCAAGACAUACAAUAAAAGUGUCCUCCUCUAUCUAUGCCUAUCAACUAACUUAAAAGUAAAA